AUGGCAGGUAAUGCUGAUUCAAUUGACAUUAUAGAUUCAGAUGAAGAUACUGAUGAUACAUAUUCAUAUGACAAUGAAGAUAGUGCCGAUUCAGAUGAGGAUGAAAAUGAUUUCGUGAGUAAACCUCCAUAUCUAUUAUGUCUGAUUGUGCUAGUGGAGCUGGAAAUGAAGAAGACUUUUCUUGGUGAAACAAGGGCUUCAAAGUUUUGUCAAUCAAGAACUUUCAAAAAGCAAAAAUUCCCUAAAGAUUUUUCACAGCAGCUUCACAGUCUACUGGUGUGUCUCAAGUGCAAGAAGCUUAAGAACUUUUCUGAUACUAUCUCUGUUCGAAAUAUUAAUGUGGCAAUAGAGUUAUUGUUGGUAUUUCUUGCUGAUGUGCCAAAUCAUGUUGUUAAUGGGAAGAGGUUGAAUGAGGUCUUGGAAGAGGUUGGAGCUCUUGUGGGCGAUGUUCUAUGUGUAAUUCAUAGCUCUAUUAUCAAAGAUGAUACUAGCAAGAUAAACCUUUGCUCGAUGCAGAUAUUGGAGAAAAAUGAACAUCUAAAGGCACAACUGGAGAGGUACUACAAAUCCUUAAAAUUCACUCCAUCUAAGUUUCCCACAGUUGGUGGAUUGAGCUUUCUGGAUUCUUUAUUAAGAAAAUUGAAUGAGAUGAUGAAAUCUGAAUUAGGUUUAGUUUUGAUGAUGAAGCAUCAUAUUGUUAUUUUAGAGAAAGAGUUCUCAUAUCUAACAUAUGUUUUCAGAGAUGUUGCAAAGGUGCAACACGAACGUGAAAUUCUUAAAGAGCUCCAGAGGCGUACUAUCAAUUUGGCAUACGAAGCUGAAGUUGCCAUUGACUCUAUUCUUGCUCAGGGUAAUGCUCUUUGGUAUAUAUUUUGCUCACUUCCUACAAUCUUAAAAGAGAUCAAGCAUAAUAGUGCGGAGGUGACCAGGAUGUGGUCGAAAAACCUUGCUCUUAAGCCCAGCUCUAUGGCAGAGCCAUCUAAACAUAUGUCAACUCAAAAUAGCAAUCUUAUGAAUGACGAGGAGAUAGUUGGUUUUGAGAAUGACACAAAAAGAAUAAUUCAGUAUCUGACACGAGGGACAAAUGAUCUGGAUGUCAUCCCGAUUGUUGGGAUGGGGGGACGAGGUAAAACAACUUGUGCUAGAAAGUUGUACAAUAAUAACAUCAUUGUUUCUCAUUUUGAUGUUCGAGCAUGGUGCAUCAUUUCCCAAACAUAUAGUCAGAGAGAGCUAUUACAAGAGAUUUUCAGUCAAGUUACUGGUUCCAAGGAUAAGGGAGAUAAGGAUGAUGUCCUUGACGACAAGCUGAUGAAAAGCUUAAUUGGAAAGAGAUAUCUUAUUGUCUUGGAUGAUAUGUGGGAUGGUAUGGCAUGGAAUGACUUAAGACUUUGUUUCCCUAAUGUUGUAAAUAGAAGCAGAAUUGUAGUAACAACUCGUCUUGAGAAAGUGGGUGAACAUGUCAAGUGUCAUACUGAUCUUUAUUUCCUUCCAUUCCUCACGCCCGAAGAGAGUAGGGAAUUAUUGCAGAAAAAAGUGUUUAAAUAUGAAGCUUGCCCACCUGAACUAUACGAUAUGAGUCUUGAUGUUGCAAGACGUUGCAAAGGGCUGCCCCUAGUGGUUGUCUUGGUAGCUGGAAUAAUCAAAAAGAAGAAAAUGGAAAGUUCUUGGUGGCAUGAGAUUAAGAAAGCUCUAUUUUCCUAUCUUGACCGUGAGUCUGAAGACUAUAGUUGGGCAACUAUGCAGUUAAGUUAUGAUAACUUACCUGACUAUUUAAGGCCUUGCCUUCUCUACAUGGAGAUGUUUCUAGAGGACGAAAGGAUCCCAGUGUCUAAAUUGAUAAGUUUAUGGAUAGCGGAAGGCUUCGUGCAGAACAUUGAAUCUGGGAGAUUAAUGGAAGAGACAGCUGAAGGUUACUUAAUGGAUCUCAUUAGCAGUAACGUGGUAAUGGUAUCAAGUAGAAGAUAUAACGGUAAAGUCAAAUACUGUCAGGUUCAUGAUGUAGUGCUUCACUUUUGUUUGGAGAUGAGUAGAGAAGAAAAGUUUAUGUUGGCAGUGAGGGGGUACAUUCAACCAUCCGAUUUGAAGGAAAGUCGAGUGAGCUUCAGUUUCAGUAAUGAGCUUUCCAAGUUUGAAUCCAAAACGCGGAAGCCUUUCCACCAACACUUGAGGUCACUGAUAACCACCAAUGGAGGAGAAUUUCAGGUUAUUAAUUUGAUGAGGCUUCUUAAGGUCGUAGAUUUGAGUUCCCAUAAAUUGGUUACUUUUUUGGCGUUAGCUAUGUUGAAACCACUAAUUCACCUUAAGUAUGCCGCACUUUUCAUACAUACAUUCGAUUUUUGUGGAAAAUCACAUCUGCCCCAUCUAGAAACUUCAAUUAUCAAGUGUUUAAGGUGUGCACGGUUAUCAGGGAAUUUUUGGAAUGAAAAAUUAAGGCAUGUAGAGUUUACUGAAGCUGGUGUUUUUUGGGGAAAGCAGAUCUUUAAAGAGUCCUCUAAGUUGGAAAAUUUGAGGAUAUUAAGGGGUAUUGAAUUGACAUUCGAUGCUGAUUGCUUGAAUAUUUUAGUACAGAGGUGUCCUAAUCUUCAAGAACUUGAAAUCUUUUUUUUGAUAAAUUAUUCUGAUAAAGAAAAGAUUUGUCUCAAAUUGGAGAGUCUUACCCAGCUUCAAUCACUUAGCCUUUCAUUUUUCUGGCCCACUGUUGUAUGCAAGUUACACUUGCCUUCAAAUGUAAAAAAAUUGAAACUAAACGGGUGUCGAAUAGAAAGCACGAUUGCUGGACCAGUAAAUCUGGAGUAUCUCAAAUUGUGGAAUAAUUGCCGAGAUUAUAAAAAUCAUGUUAUUAAUGGUAAGAGGUUGAAUGAGGUCUUGGAAGAGGUUGGAGCUCUUGUGGGCGAUGUUCUAUGUGUAAUUCAUAGCUCUAUGAUCAAAGAUGAUACUAGCAAGAUAAACCUUUGCUCAGUACAGAUAUUGGAGAAAACUGAAAAUCUGAAGGCACAACUGGAGAGGUACUACAAAUCCUUAAAAUUCACUCCGUCUCAGUUUCCCACAGUUGGUGGAUUGACCUUUCUGGAUUCUCUAUUAAGAAAAUUGAAUGAGAUGAUGAAAUCUCAAUUAGGUUUAGAUGUCAUGAUGAAGCCUCAUAUUGUUAUUUUAGAGAAAGAGUUCUCUUAUCUAACAUCUGUUUUCACAAAUGUUGCAAAGGUGCAGCAUGAACAUGAAAUUCUUAAUGAUAUUCAGAGGCGUACUAUCAAUUUGGCAUACGAAGUUGAAGUUGCCAUUGACUCUAUUCUUGCUAAGUGUAAUGCUCUUUGGUAUCUUUUGUGCUCACUUCCUACAAUCUUAGAAGAGAUCAAGCAUAUUAGUGCGGAGGUGACCAGGAUAUGGUCGGAGAACCUUGCUCUUAAGCCUUGCUCCAUGGUAGAGCCAUCUAAACAUAUGCCAACUCAACAUAGCAAUCUUAUGAAUGAUGAGGAGAUAGUUGGUUUUGAGAAUGACACGAAAAGAAUAAUUCGUUAUCUGACACAACGGACAAAUGAGCUUGAUGUCAUCCCAAUUGUUGGGAUGGGGGGACAAGGUAAAACAACUUUUUCGAGAAAGGUGUACAAUAAUGAUAUCAUUAUUUAUCACUUUGAUGUUCGAGCAUGGUGCGUGAUUUCCCAAACAUAUAGCAGGAGAGAGCUAUUACAAGAGAUUUUCAACCAAGUUACCGGUUCCAAGGACAAGGUAGAUGAGGUUGGGGAACUAGCUGACAAAUUGAGGAAAAGCUUAAUAGGAAAGAGAUAUCUCAUUGUCUUGGAUGAUAUGUGGGAUUGUAUGGCAUGGGAUGACUUAAGACUUUGUUUCCCUGAUGUUGUAAAUAGAAGCAGAAUUAUAGUAACAACUCGUCUUGAGAAAGUGGGUGAACAAGUCAAGCUCCAUUCUGAUCUUUAUUUCCUUCCAUUCCUCACACCCGAAGAGAGUAGGGAAUUGUUGCAGAAAAAAGUGUUUCAAAACGAAACUUGCCCACCUGAACUAUGCGGUGUGAGUCUAGAUGUUGCAAGACGAUGCAAAGGGUUGCCCCUAGUAGUUGUCUUGGUAGCUGGAAUAAUCAAAAAGAAGAAAAUGGAAAGAUCUUGGUGGCAUGAGGUUAAAAAAGCUCUAUUUUCCUAUCUUGACCGUGAGUCUGCAGACUAUAGUCAGGAAACUAUGCAAUUAAGUUAUAAUAACUUACCCGACUAUUUAAGACCUUGCCUUCUCUACAUGGGGAUGUUUCCAGAGGAUGAAAGGAUCCAGGUGUCUAAAUUGAUAAGUUUAUGGAUCGCGGAAGGUUUCAUACAGAACAUUGAAUGUGGGAGAUUAAUGGAAGAGACAGCUGAAGGUUACUUGAUGGAUCUCAUUAGCAGUAACGUGGUAAUGGUUACAAGGAGAAGAUAUAAUGGUAAAGUCAAAUUCUGCCAGGUUCAUGAUGCAGUGCUUCACUUUUGCUUGGAGAGGAGUAGACAAGAAAAGUUUAUGUUGGCAGUGAGGGGGAACAUUCAACUUUCCGAUUUGAAGGAAAGUCGAGUGAGUUUCUAUAAUGAAGGAGAAUCUAAGUUUGGAUCCAAAACGCGGAAGCCAUUCCACCAACACUUGAGGUCACUGAUAACCACCAAUGAAGGAGAACCUUUAUAUUGGAAUAUCUUCGGUCAGGAUAUAAAUUUGAUGAGGCUUCUUAAGGUCUUGGAUUUGAGUUCCCAUGAAUUGGGUCAUUUGUCGUUAGCUACGUUGAAACCACUAAUUCACCUCAAGUACGUCGCACUUUUCCUAGAUACAUUCGAUUUUCGUGGGAAGUCACAUCUGCCCCAUCUAGAAACAUUAAUUCUGAAGUGUUCCAAUUAUACACGGUUGUCAGGGAAUUUUUUUAAAAUGAAAAAAUUAAGGCAUGUAGAGUUUACUGAAACUGGUUUUUUUGGGGGAAAGCACAGCAAUGAAGAAUCCUGUAAGUUGGAAAAUUUGAGGAUAUUAAGGGGUGUUCAAUUGUCACUCGAUGCUGAUCGCUUGAGUGUUUUAGUACAGAGGUGUCCUAAUCUUCAAGAACUUGAAAUCUAUUUUUUCAGAAUUGAUUCUGACGAAGAAAAUAUUUGUCUCAAUAUGGAGAGUCUUACCCAACUUCAAUCACUUCGCCUUUUCUUUCCCAUGUCCGCUGUUGUACACUUGCCUUCAAAUAUAAAGAAAUUGGUACUAUGCGAGGCUUCGAUGGAAAGCACUAUUUUCUCUAUUGCAGGACUACCAAGUCUGGAGUAUCUCCAAUUAAUGGAUCCGCAUUUUAUUCAAUCUGAAGAGUGGUGCCUUGGAGAUAUCACCUUCCCUAAACUGAGGGUGUUGAAACUUAUGAACUUAGGUAUCUCAAGGUGGGAUGCGUCAGAGGAAUCUUUUCCCCAGCUUGAAACACUUGUUAUAAAAGGGUGUUAUGAUCUCGAGGAGAUCCCCCUUAGCUUUUCAGAUAUUCCAACGCUGAUACAGAUUAAGUUGAUGGGGGUGCAGCGCAAUGAAUCUCUGAAGGCUUCAGCUGUGCGAAUUAAGAAAGAAAUUGAAGAGAAUGAAGGAUGCGACCGUAUUGACCUCAUCAUUAUUGAUUGAUGAGUCAAGCACGUGUUUAUCACAACAACAUGGAGAGUAUCAAGAAAAUAUUCACCUUGCUGGGACCUUUGGGGUCAUGGAGUAAUUGAUAUGGUGUCGCUUCGUGCAAUUCAUGUUUUCUGCAGUCUAUGAUGAGACUGCUGCAAUAAAUUAAGAAAAACUUUGUUUUUUUGUCUUUUCAAGCAUUGUUAAGUUUAAGUAAGUCUCUGUGUGGUUGUUCGAGAUUUUCGAUAAACUCUUUGCUCCAAAGUAUUGGCUUGAAACUACCUUGUAUUGGAUUCUGUAGCAUUUCGAGUAACCCGAUCGUGUGGGGUGUUUUCAAUGUAAAACUGUUUCGCAUA